AUCACAUCUUAUCACAUAACCUAACCCUUCUCGAUAAAAUGGGAUGUUGCAUUAUCUUAACAAGUCAUUUGCCAAAAAUCUCUAUAUCAAGAUCAGGCAUUUGACAUCUUGAGGCUCAUCCCACCAUCAAUCAUGGAAAGUACCGUAGGAAAAAUUAGUUCAAGAUGGUCUCUAUCUGGAAUGACAGCUCUGGUCACCGGUGGAACUCGAGGAAUAGGGUGUGCAAUCGUGGAGGAACUAGCCGGACUGGGAGCAAAAGUGCACACUUUUUCAAGAAAAGAAUCAGAACUGAAUGAACGGUUGCAAGAGUGGUCCUCCAAGGGAUUCAAAGUCACCGGUUCGGUCUGUGAUGCAUCUUCAAGAGAGCAAAGAACUCAGCUCAUCGGAGAGGUCUCUUCCAUCUUCAAUGGGAAGCUCAAUAUCCUCGUCAACAAUGUUGGAACAGGUGUAUUCAGGCAAGCUGAAGCGUUCACUGCUGAAGAGUAUAAUAUGAUUAUGUCUACAAAUCUUGAUUCUGGUUAUCAUUUCUCUCAACUCGCUUAUCCGCUUCUGAAAGCAUCUGGGAUUGGGAACAUCGUGUUCAUGUCCUCAGUCGCAGGCCUGGUACAUGUUCACCAUUUAUCUGUUUAUUCAAUGACAAAAGGUGCAAUGAAUCAACUCACCAAAAAUCUGGCUUGUGAGUGGGCUAAAGAUAAAAUUCGGGUUAAUUCUGUUGCGCCAUGGUAUAUUAGAACCUCAUUAGUUGAAGAGAAAUUGAGUGACAAAGAAUACGAGGAGAGGGUAGAAUCAAGAACUCCUAUGAGACGAACCGGAGAACCAGAAGAAGUCUCCUCCCUGGUUGCUUUCCUUUGUCUGCCGGCUGCUUCCUAUAUCACUGGGCAAGUUAUCGCUGUGGAUGGAGGAAUGACUGUCUAUGGAUUUGAAUAGGAGAAUAGCUGAGUGGACCAUAUACCUUAUCAAGGCAAAUGUUUACUUUCCAGCAAAAAUUUGAAGUUCUUUGUUUUCUCUGUUUUGCCGAUAUCCGUACCAUUUAAUUCUAUUUUCUGUAGGGCAUGUUCUGCAUCUUGUUUGCUUGGUAAUUUGGUAGAUAAAAGCUUUGGCUGACAAUA